AUGGAGACCCCGAAGUCCGAGUUGUUGGAAGCAGUUCCGCUCUCCAGUUCCCUUCAUGAUGUACUGCUGUACCUCCACGACCAUCCGUAUCCUCAUGUUCCCAAUCCGCCAUCAUGCAAGAAACGUGCCUCCGUGGCCCUCGUCCUUCGAGUUCGACCUACGUAUAACCACUGGCCCGAUUCGCAGCACUCGUCUCCCUCUCCACAAGAGAACAACACUUUGUCAGUCAAGCAACGCUUGAAUACUUUUUUCUCUCAGGACUGGGUUCAGAAAGGUGAUGCCGAGGCUCUCUUCAUUAAGCGAGCAUCCCGUGUGGGAGAUCGCUGGACUGGUCAUGUUGCUCUACCAGGAGGAAAGCGAGAUCCAGAAGAUGCGGACGACAAAGCUGCUGCUAUUAGGGAAGCAUCAGAGGAAGUAGGACUCGACUUAACGGCGGAUGAGUGUAUAUAUGUUGGCAAUUUACCAGAGCGUGUUGUAUCUACUGGUUGGACUUCCGUUCCCUUGAUGGUUCUCUGCCCUUAUGUUUUCCUUCUAACAUGCAGUGAUUCCCCGACCCUCCGACUACAGCCAACUGAGGUUGCAUCAACCCACUGGGUUCCUCUCAGGGCUCUCCUUUCUCCUUCGCAGCGUACGGUGGAGUAUGUCGAUAUUUCGCAGCGCUAUGCGAAGACAUCUGGAUUCAUUACCCGUCUCACUUCUCGCUACAUCUUGGGCCUCAUGGAAUUUUCUGCUGUCCGGCUAAGACCAACUGAAAGCCUUCAGUGCGAUCCAUCGCUUGAAGUUGCCGCUAAAGAUAGCCGAGGAUCAUCUAUAAUGCAACGAUUAAGGACGUGGUUCUUCGGCGACCGAGCUGAUCCUGAGGACCAAACUCAGCCCCUUCUUCUAUGGGGGUUGACACUUGGUAUCCUAGCUGACUUUUUAGACAUGCUCCCGCCUCACACAGCUGUGCAGCUGUGGGAGUACCCUACUUUUACCUCCCCCGAUCUACGAUUAAUUACCAGCAUCCUAACUUAUCGCCUACGGAAGCGCAACAAGCUCCGGGCCAAGUCUGGAUCGCAAUCCAGCAACACCGCGGUGGGCAGCCAAACAUCCGCUGAGACUGUAACCGGCGAUAACGAUGCUGCGGACGCGAACUGCUUUCCUAAUGAAGUUGGCAUCGAGGGUCUAGGAGUUGGGUACUAUGGGUCGUCUAGGACCAGAGAGUUGGAGCGGGAUACACAUGCCGUUGGUAUCAUGCUUAAAGGCUAUUAUGCCAAACUCAGAGUUGCUAUCCAGGUUCUCUUGGCGUGGCGAGCGCCAUAG